AUGAGUUUGCCAGCAACUGGCCUAGAUUACAGUAAUAUUUUUACUGUUGCUGACCCCGCCAACAGUGAUGAGUUUACUGUUGUUGAUCCCGCCCACAGUGAUGAGUUUACUGUUGCUGACCCCGCCAACAGUGAUGAGUUUACUGUUGCUGACCCCGCCAACAGUGAUGAGUUUACUGUUGCUGACCCAGUCCACAGUGAUGAGUUUACUGUUGCUGACCCAGCAAACAGUGAUGAGUUUACUGUUGCUGACCCAGCCAACAGUGAUGAGUUUACUGUUGCUGACCCCGCCAACAGUGAUGAGUUUACUGUUGCUGACCCCGCCAACAGUGAUGAGUUUACUUUUGCUGACCCAGUCCACAGUGAUGAGUUUACUGUUGCUGACCCAGCUCACAGUGAUGAGUUUACUGUUGCUGACCCAGCUCACAGUGAUGAGUUUACUUUUGCUGACCCAGCCCACAGUGAUGAGUAUACUAUUACUUAUUCAACCCACGGUGAAGAGUGUACCAGGAACUAA